CAACAACGGACAUCUAUGGUUAAUAAUUUUGAUCCGAGGUUUAGUCAUGGAUGUCCAGCUUCAACCAUGGUGAGUCGCAACGAGGAACUGCUGCCAUCAACCCAAAAAACAAUACUGCUGUCAGCGGCCAGCUGCCCAGCCAUGUCGCUCUUCUCGGUCUCUUCCGCCUUCUCUCUCCUCCCCUUCCUCCUCUUAUCUUCUGUUCUUGCUAGCUCCUUCACCCAACUAGAAGAAGACCAAAUUCAACGCUUCCAAAAGUACCUACAGAUCCGAACCGCUCACCCCAACCCCGACUACGCCUCUGCCGUCGCCUUCCUCUCCUCCGAGGCCCAGUCCAUCGGCCUCCAGACCCUAACCCUGGAGUUCGCCCGCGGCAAGUCCCUCCUUCUCCUCUCCUGGCCCGGCUCCGACCCCUCCCUCUCCUCCAUCCUCCUCAACUCCCAUAUCGACAGCGUCCCCGCCGAGCCCUCCAAGUGGCUUCACCCUCCUUUCGCGGCCGUCCGCGACGCCGCCGGCCGUAUCUUCGCCCGCGGCGCCCAGGACGACAAGUGCCUCGCCGUCCAGUACCUCGAGGCUCUUCGAAACCUCAAAGCCGCCUCCUUCGUCCCCCGCCGCUCGAUUCACGUUUCCCUAGUCCCCGACGAGGAGACCGGCGGCGCCGACGGGGCUGCCAAGUUCGCUACGUCGCAGGAGUUCAGGGCCCUUAAUGUCGGCUUCGUGCUCGAUGAGGGGCAAGCCUCGCCGACGGAUGAGUUCAGGGUGUUCUACGCCGAUCGCUCUCCAUGGUCGCUGAUCGUUAAGGCUGUUGGUGAGCCGGGGCAUGGGUCGAGAAUGUAUGAUAAUGGGGCGAUGGAGAAUCUGAUGGAUUGCGUGGAAGUUGUCGCUCGUUUCAGAGAGAGUCAGUUCGAUCAAGUCAAAGCUGGGAUUAAGGCUGUUUCCGAGGUCAUCUCAGUGAACCCAGUUUUUGUGAAAGCUGGUACACCUUCCCCCACGGGUUUUGUAAUGAACAUGCAACCUUCAGAAGCAGAGGUUGGUUUUGAUGUUCGGCUUCCACCAACAGUAGACCCAGAUCUUUUAAGAAAAAGAAUUGAUGAGGAAUGGGCACCAGCUAUAAGAAAUAUGACAUACCAGCUGAUAGAGAAAGGACCAAUAAAAGACAUUGCAGGUCGCCCAUUAGCAACACCAGCUAAUGAAUCUAAUCCAUGGUGGUCCGUGUUUCAACAAGCUGUUAUUGCUUCCGGUGGGAAACUUGCUAGACCAGAAAUUUUGGCUUCCACAACUGAUGCUAGAUUCGUGAGACAGAUGGGCAUCCCUGCUCUUGGAUUUUCACCAAUGGCAAACACGCCUAUCCUACUCCAUGAGCAUAAUGAGUUCCUGAAGGAUACUGUAUUUCUGAGGGGCAUCAAAGUGUACGAGCAUGUCAUCAGUGCUUUGAGCUCCUUUCCAGCAAAUUCACCAUAGGACUGUUGCUUCACUUGUAUGUCUACUGUGCUUAUUCUACUGAGUAUGUGCACCUGCUUUUAUUUGUUCAUCUAGACUUGGUGUUAGUCUCAAAAGAGACACCAUGGUUCUUGUGUUAUAAAAAGCAUGUAUCAACCUGAAAUUAUGUGUAAAUGGUUGUUAAUGCUGCCAAUGCUGCAUUUGUUUUAAAUUUUCCGAGUAACAUAUGUGGAGAGCAUUAUGAAUUUAGCAUAUAAUAUCCUCAUUGGUAAAA